GCUGUCAGUCAUGUCCACACGGGACAGUGGCAGAGUGAAGCUCUGGGUGAGCAGACGCUGAAAGAGCAGCUCACGCUCUGUGAUCUUCUGUCCUCAGCAGGGAGAGGAGGCGUGCUUGUGCUAUCUGUGGUGGCUUUGGUCAGCUCCAGCUACAAAAAGAAAGGCUUCUGUGAGGAGAGUACCGGUCAACAUCAUCAAAACUACUUCCAGCUGGGACGGAAAGUACUGUGAACAGCUCCAUGGCGCUGAGCGUGAGUGUGUGUUGGCUGUUGGCUCUGAGCUGCCUGGCUGUUUCAGUGCGAGCCGAAUGCUCUAGGCAGUGCGCGCUCUGCAUCUACAGCCUGCUGGAGCAGCGAGUGGAGGGCAGCUCUGGGACCUGCACGCUGGAGUGUGGAGGCAGCAUGGACUCCAGGAAGCUGGAGCUGUGCCGGGACGUCCUGACUGAAGAGGAGCGAGUGAAUCUUGAUGGUCUAAAGCUGGAAGGAGAAAACGCAGAGCACCUCCUGGCUAAGAAAUACGGAGGCUUCAUGAAGCGUUAUGGAGGGUUCAUGAUGAAAAAGGCCGCCGAGGUCAGCGGGGUCACUGGCACAGCCGAGAGCGACAGGCCAGACGGGAUAUCGCCCGGCCCUAGUAAGAAAUACGGUGGGUUUAUGAAGAAAGAUGAUGCCCAAGAUGCAUCGGAGGAGCAGCUGGACCUCCUAAGGGAGAUCCUGAGGUCAGGAAUCAGGCCCGAUGAGGCUGGGAGGGACCUCCACAAACGCUACGGAGGCUUCAUGCGCAGGGUGGGCACACCGCAGUGGCCGGAUUAUCAGAAGCGUUAUGGGCUCUACAAACGCUGGGAGGACGGAGGGGAGACAGCAAUGCCCGACAAGAGAUAUGGAGGCUUCAUGGAUUAAGUUUGAGUUCAGAAAGGACACUCAUCACAGACGAAACCCAAAUAUGUGCAGAGCUUACCACUGUACUUCUUUGAUUUUAAUUUUAUUUUUAUACGCAUAUAUGCCAACAUCUUGUUUUGGUCUUUGCUAAUGUAUAUUUCUAUUUAAUAAGCCCUUUGUUUGUUUGCUAGUGUGUGUUUUUUUGGGCAAAUAGAGUUUAUUUCUACCCCUACUUGCAUUCUGUGUCUAUUUUUGUACAUAUAGAGAGAUCCCAGAGGCUUACAGAUGGUCACCGUUCAGAGGAUGCUUGCCUGACCCUACCUAGUAUUUAUAGAAUCAGAGUUUGCAGAAUAUUCAGUAGUACAGUGCUGCGUCGUUUUCUGGAGUUACCUCAUUAUGUGGUCCUAAUUUAUUUAUAUUCUUAGAUUCAUUUGUCGGUACAGGUGAUGGCCACUUUUCAGUUUCAACUGUUCUCUUGGAUAUACUUGUUGACGCUGAUGUUUAUUGCAUUUAGUUUCAACUGCUUUCACUCUGUUCAAAUCAAAGCAGCAUUUCUGGCCGAUUAACUGUACAGAAUACAAUAAAUUCAUCUGACUGCAGA